AUGGGGGAGCUGUCCAUGCAGCGACGGGCAGCUGCAUGGCUGUACCUGGGGUGGAGCAGUGUGACAGCGGCGCCUCUCUCCGGCGCGGCGCGUGUGGCGCGGCGGUUCCGCGAGGCUUCCCUCACGCGCCUCACGCGCCUCACGCGCCUCACGCGCCUCACGCGCCUAUCCUUAAAACAGUUGGCGGCGGCGUGGUGGGGCGCGGUCCAGGGACGAGCCCAGGACCUCGGCCUGCAGGACUACCGCCCCCUGCCGCCCCCGCAGGAGCACCGCCCCCUGCCGCCCCCGCAGCCCUCCGACAAGGUGUUCCACUCGGACCAGUGGGGGCCCGGCAUCUUCGCGCGGGACAAGGGUGUGGUGAAGGACCUGACGCAGCCCCCGGAGGCGGGGCCGAGCGGCGGCUACCUGGGGCCGCCGCCGCCGCACCACGGGCCGGCCAGGGGCGGCGCGGAGGACUGCGACCACCGCGCCAGGGCGCCCCCUGCGCCCACCUACAGGAACUACAGGCCCGAGAGUCCUCCUAGCUGCCGGCAGCACGGGCCUCCCUACCCGCAGCACUUCUUCUUCCCCGCCGAGCCGCUCUUCGGCGACCUGUACGGCGGCGGCGGUCCCGAGGACUUCUCCCCCGGGGACUACCUCGGGCCGCCGGGUCCCGGCAACCACCUCCUGCCAGACACCUACACCUCUGCGCUCUUCGGCAGCCGGGAGCAGGUCGCCAGCCCCUCCUCGGAGGCGAGCUCGUACGCCGAGGAGCCGGCCGUGGAGGUGCUGCAGACGGAGGUGAUGGCGCUGCCGGCGUCGCAGAUCACCUUCGACAUCCCCCCCUGGACGGGCGCGCCCGCGGGGGAGCAGCAGGAGCCCGCCCCCGCCACGACGACGGAGGAGGCCGCGGUGUUCGUGACGCCGGCUCCCGCGGCGGCGGCCCGGCGCAGCGACGCGCGGCCGGCGCUGGUGCUGAGGCAGGCACGCCGCCGGGUGGUGCUGGUGCUGCCCGAGGACACCGCCCCCAGGCCGUGCCCCUGUGGGCGGCCCCGCCCCGCCCCGCGGGACAGCCUGGCCGUGGAGGGCCGCGCCAGCCCCGUCACGGCCCUCCCCGGGGACGCGCGCGACGAGCGGUAG